AUGUUCUCCAGCUCUGGCGCCCUCCGCGCGCUCUCGGUGGCCGCCUUGUUCUCUUCUGUACUUUCUCUUCCCCACCUGCCUGGUCGCCCUGCCAAGCGCUCCCUUCAGGACUACGUAGACCACCUCGUCUACCUUGACGCGAACAAUUCCGCGCUCUACGCGGCGAUUGAGAUUGGCGGCCAGACGUAUGGCGUACACUUGGACAGCCAAUGGGGCGGUCUGGUCGUAAAGAACGGCAGCUUGCAAGGCACCACGACCCAGAUCACGGUCGAGGGUGUUGCCGUAGCUGUCACGGAAGGCAAUGGCACGGUCCGCUUCCUGCAAGAGGAUGUCGAUGUUGGCUUCUACUCGACGUCACAAUGGCCAAGCUCAUGGCCGUCUAUUGGCAGCUCAGCAGGUGUCGGUGCCGGCAAACUCGGUAUUGACAUCACGGACUCGACCAGCGUCGUGAACCAGUACCUUGCCGCCAAGUCGUCUGACAUCCUUAACAACUGGUACUACGACCUCCUGAUCUUCUACGACUGGCAAACCGCCUCCUUCACGACCGGUGACCUCGAGUUCGCCGGUAUCAUCGCCGCCGGCUCGCCGCUUGACUGGGCAUCCGUGUUCGACAUCUCCGCGAGCGAUGCGACCAGCUACGGCCUCCCAGAUCUGAGCAGCAUCAAGGAUCAGCCGUACAUCUACCUGCGUAGCGACGGCACCUUCUACGUGGACGACGGCUUCUGGGCGAACGGCAAGCUGUACAGCUGCAUGAGUGGCGUGCCGCAGACGCCCUCGAGCAGCGUCGUCGUAGAGGUGUCCCUCACGCAGCGCUUCUCGACGUUCCCCGAUGCUGUCGUGAACGGCCUUUACAGCAGCCUGUCAGGCGCGAAGUACUACGGGCACUCGAACUAUGGGUACUAUCAGGUUCCGUGCGACGUCGACGUCGAGUUCUAUUUCACCAUCGGGGGCGUCAAGUACAACGUCACGCAGGACGCGCUCGUUGCGCCGAACCCGUGGGGCGACCAGUGCAUCGGCGCGCUCUUCACCAAGGGCCAAGGCUCCGCCUCUACCACGUCCGACGUCGUCUUCGGCUUCCAAUUCCUGUCGGCGUUCUACUACCGCGCGGGUAUCGACCACAGCGCUAAUAACCAACCGUACGUGAAGAUGCUGCCCCUGCCCGGCUCGCACAGCUGGGCGGCCAGCAGCGGCGCGUGGCCGUGGUCUGGCUCCGGCUCCCAGUACAGCGGCUCCGCGGCGCCUGUGAGCACCCAGUACACGCCAAGCACGAGCACUAUCUUCGCCACCACGACGCACACCGUCAUCGGUACCGUCACUCUCCCGUGGCCCACGAGCAGCGCGGCGUCCAGCGCGUCCGGAAGCUACUCCGGGUCGAGCUCUGGCUCUGGCGCGAGCUCGAACGCCGGCUACUCUGACUCCGGGUAUAACAGCGAGAGCGAGGACAUGGCUGUCGCCGGCAACGCCGCGGAGACGGACGCGGAUGGCAACGACCUCAACUCCCCGCGCGGAAGCUCCUCCGACAACCUUACGCGCUUGUUGCCCGCGAUCAUCGUCAUGCCAGCGGUGCUUGGUCUUGGUCUCGUCAUCGGCCUCGUCGUGUGCCUCGUCCGCCGCCGCCGUGGUCCAGGUGCCGCGCGCGGCGGCCCCUCUGCGUACAGCAACAUCUACGAGUUGCGCACGCACGGGCCCGUGCACGUCCCGCUCUACGGCGCGGAUGCGGGCACGUCGCGCUACUCCGACCCCUACAAAGACAAAGAGUGA